AGAUGUGGAGUUUGACCAGCUCUUAGGGCGCAUGUCAUUUCAGAGAAGAAAACUUGUUUUUUAAUCACUGGAAGUGUAUCUCGGAGUCUUGGUAAACGUUACACUUUAAAUGUUAUAAUAGUUCCAACUACAGACUUCGGCUGUUACGAAAGUUUACUAUCAAGGAGAACAUUUCAGCCUAGCGUUAGCAGCUAGCUAAGUAGCUAACUUCUGUAGACUAACCUUUCUGUUUAAAUUAGCUUGCAACAUGAAAGCUGUUAUUUUAGCAGCAGGAUAUGGAACAAGGUUGCAAAGAGAUGUUGAGAAUGACACAACUGGACGAUUCAAGCAUCUGUUGGGCAUUGCCAAGCCAUUGCUUCCCGUGGGUCACUGUGCUCUUAUAUCUCAUUGGAUCAAGGCAAUGACUGCAACUGGAAGUGUGGAUACAAUAUUUGUGGUUACAAAUGCACUCUACUUCGAAGCUUUUCAGACAUGGGCCCAGGACUUUCCUAAUGUGAAGAUUCUCAGUGAUGGAACCAGCACAAAUAAGGGGCGGCUUGGUGCUGUUGCUUGCCUCCAGCUCACAAUCAAGCACUUCUCAGUUGAGGACCAUGUGAUAGUCGUUGGAGGUGACACAUUGUUUAAAGAAGACUUCAGUCUGUUAAAGUUUACAGGGAGGUUUUGUGAACUCCAGGCCAAUGUUUGUGAUGCAAAUCUGGUGCUCUCUUAUCAAUGCAAGGAAGAGGAAACGUCCAAGUAUGGGAUUCUGGAAGUUGAUGAGGACAUGCGUGUGAGCUGUAUGAAAGAAAAGCCUCAACCAUCUGACACCCAGUCCAGGAAGGCAUGCCCCUGCUUCUACUUGUUCUCCAAAGGCAGCCUUCCACUCUUAGAGGUCUUCCUUCAUGAGAAAAACAAUGCACCCAUUGAGGAGAGAGAUGCCCCUGGGACCUUUCUGUCUUGGCUUAUAUUAAGCCUCUGUUCCUUUUCAGAAAACCUGUGUAUGUCCAUGAGAUAUCUGGGCGCUUUGAUGUGGGAAACCUUCCAUCCUACAUAGAAUGUGACCAAUAUUUUAAAGACAGAGUUCAAGAUAUUAGCGUUUAUUUACAUUGACAUUUUAAAAUAAGCAAAUGUAUGUGCUGCUUAAAGAGACAACAUGAAGACUUGUUCUUUAAAAGGAUGUAACUACUUUAUACAUAUAUAUGUCUCAUUGGGGCAGGGCGGGCAGAUGUGAUUCUCUUUUUUUCUAAUUCAUUCCUCAGAAAUUGUGUAAUUGUAUAAAAUAAACUCAACCAAAUUGA